AUGAUAGCAGGUCUGCGAUAUCUUGGAACCGUACAAAAGGGCGUUAGAACCAGAUCGCUGGGCUUGAGAAACAAUCCGUACCAUCCGAUCAGAUCUGCCAUCGUUGUGGGCCAUCGAUUGCACCAAAAAAGCACGCUACGUAACGCCACGCAUAUCCCGAUUCACUACAAUUUAUUCUCAACCUUGACUACAUCGACCAUGACAAAGUCCUCCAAGGUCCAAGAAGGCCUUCGCGUGACGGCCACACUCAGGCCAGCAACUCUUGAUGACGCCACAGCAAUAUCAGAGCUCGCCACCCAUGUCUUCACGGUCACAUUCGGCCAUUCAGUCGAGCCGCAUGAGCUCCAAGCGUUCCUAGAGGAGUCCUACAGCCUCGAAGCCAUCACAAAAGAUCUCGACGACUCAAACAAAGACACACUACUCGCGUUUGAUCCUACUGGAGACAUCCUGGGUUUCGCCAUGCUCACCCGGGGCUCCUCAGAGCCAUGUAUCUCACAUCUUGACGGUACUGUUGAGCUGCAGAGAAUUUAUAUGUAUCCAAAGGCACAAGGCACGGGCGCUGCAAAGCUUCUGGCAGACAGGUUAGAAGACAUGGCUAGGGAACAAGAAUUCAAGCACAUGUGGUUGGGCGUCUGGGAAGAGAAUCUUCGGGCGCAAAAGGCGUAUGGGAAAUGGGGAUAUGAGGAAUGUGGCACCCAUGACUUUGCCAUUGGAUCAGUUAUCCAAACUGAUAACAUUAUGGUGAAGAAACUCUGA